UGUGUGUGUGUGUGUGUGUGUGUGAGCCAUGAGUCCGUAUCCUCUGUGGUUCUGACUCUGCUGCAUGUUUGUUUGUUUGGUCUGGUAACCUUGGCAACGCAGUGAUCGUAUCCCGGAGAUGCCGGUGGAGCACGUUGGCGUGGCGAUCUCUCGCAGCUGCGGAGGCAGUCACACACUCACGUACCCCCACCGCCGAUACACACGCCUGCAACACAUCACACACAUCAUGCAGGCGGAGGAGGAGGAGGUCUGCAACCCCCCACCUGUGCGCGUCCAGCCAGGUGAGGUGGAUAUUCUGGGACUGGACGGUCACAUCUAUAAGGGUCGCAUGCACACACGGAAGUCACCGUCCUUCAAAGACCAGAGACUCCCUGCCAUCAUCUCAAAGGAAGGUAAGGGAAAUGUGAAGCAGAAGCUGACUGUGUCUCCUAAGAACUCUGGAGAUUUGGGCAGAGUGACGCCUGUUAGACCACAGAGUGCCAAAGCUCAACGCAGCCGCUCAGCCUCCAGCACUACUAUGAAGGACCGCCCCCUCUCCUCCAUAGGCUGCAUGUCCCGAGACACCGACCAACCACAGCGCGCCGUGCAGCUGACUGUGGACCUCACCCAAUCAGAGGAUGAGCCCGUGACGUCACUGUAGAGGCCUGACCAAUGACUUUUCUGGUUAAUAUUUUAAUAAACAUGUUUACAUUCAGCAGCA